GAAAAAAUAUUUCGGGGGGAAAGAAUGACCGCCCUAAUUUUUAGGGUUCUUGCAAGAAUGCUGCUGGAGCUAUGGCUUCCAGGCAGCUCAAGCUCCGACUCACCCACGCCUCCACUCUCCUCCUGCCGCCGCGGGGAAAAUCUCUCCCGCCGCUGGAUGGAGGAGGCCGCAUUGGCGACGAUUCGGUGGCGAGCACGCUGGCGCGGCUCGAUUGCGAGGCAGCGGCGGACGUGAGCCAUUUCAGCUACAUUGCGACCUAUUCCUCGCUUCUGCGGCGCUGCGCCAACGCUGGAUCCCUUCCCGAAGGCCGCCUCGUCCACGAUCACAUCCGCCACACCGGGUACGCAUCCAAUAUCAUGCUCGCGGAGCUUCUCAUCCAGAUGUAUGGCAAGUGCCAGCGCCUGGACGAGGCGCGCGGUGUCUUCGAUCGGAUGCCGCGCCGGAGCGUCUACAGCUGGAAUCUCAUCCUCGCGGCCUACGUCGAGAAUGGAUUGCCGGGCGCCGCGCUGGAUCUCUACAAGACGAUGGAUCUGGAACCGGAUCGCUUCACAUUCUCGACAAUUCUGGGGGCUUGCGGUGGGAUCGGGGCUCUGGAGGAGGGGAAGAGGAUCCACUCGCAGAUGAACGCCAGGAACGAGCUGGUGCCCGACACAGUCUCGAGCAAUUCUCUCAUCACAAUGUACGCGAAGUGUGGCAGCAUCGAGGAGGCCAAGGCGGUGUUCGAUGGCACCGCCGAGAAGAGCUUGGUCUCGUGGAACUGUAUGAUCGCUGCGUAUGCGCAGCAAGGGCAUUGCUGGGAGGCGAUCGAGGUCUACAACCAGAUGGAGUCGCAGGGGGUGGCGAGAAGCGUCAUCACUUACUCGAGCGUCCUGGGAGCUUGUGCGAGUUUGGGACGCGAGGCUCUCGAGACCGGGAAGAUCGUCCAUCGCCAUCUUCUUGCAAGUAAGCUCUCACACAAUGUGAUCGUCGACACUGCUCUUCUAAGCAUGUAUGGGAACUGUGGCAGCUUACGCGACGCCGAGGAGAUUUUCGCGGGGAUGGAGAGAAGGAAUGUGGUUUCCUGGACCGUCAUGGUUUCGAUCUACAUCCAGCAUGGGAAGAACAAGGAGGCUUUGGGCUUGCUGAUGAAGAUGGACUUGGAAGGCUUGCAGCCCAACGCUUGCACUUUCUCUAGCGUCCUCACUGCUUGCGCGAACUUGGGAAGCCUUGAGAUGGGAAAGGCUGUCCACCGCCGUGCUGCUGCGAGCGGUCUGGUUUCCGACACGGUCCAGAACGCUCUCAUCAACAUGUACGCCAAGUGCCAGCGGCUCGGCGAGGCUAAGCGGCUGUUCGACCAGAUUCCCGUCAAGUCGGACGUGUCAUGGAACGCGAUCAUCGCGGCUUACGUCCAGCACGGGCGGAACAAGGAGGCAUUCGACGUCUAUCAGAGCAGGGAGCUGCAAGGUCUGGGACCAAACGACUUUAUCUUCGCGAGCAUACUGGGUGCCUGUUCCAGCGUGGAGGAAGUCAGGCGGAUCCACGAACAGAUUGCCGUAAGCGAGUUUCGAUCGGAUGCUGUGAUCAACAACUCGUUGAUCAAGAUGUACGCAAAGCUGGGGAGUGUGGAGCUUGCAAGGAAGGCCUUUGAGGAGAUGGCUGUCAAGGACGAGGCCUCUUGGAACGGGAUCAUCAUUGCCUACGCUCAGUAUGGAGACGACGUAACCGAGGCUCUCGUCAUCUACGAGAGAAUGAAGAGCGCAGGUGUUCAAGGAAAUGCAAUCACUUUCACCAACGUUCUCACGGCCUGCCUCGUAUCGGGCUCACUGGAGGCUGGAAGGAGAAUUUACCGGGACCUCUGCAAGCACGAGCUAGAGAAAACCGAUGCCAUCGUCGGGACAGUUCUGGUAAACAUGUUUGCGAGGUUCGGGGAUCUAGUCACUGCUCGUCACGUUUUCGAGAACAACCAGCAGCGAAACGUUAUCUCGUGGAACGGGAUGGUGAUGGCCUACUCACAGAACGGCUACUACAACGAAGCGGUGGACGUUUUCCACAGGCUCUUCCUUGAAGGCAUACAGGGUGACAACAUCAGCUUUACGUGCAUCUUCCAUGCUCUCAGCCAUGCCGGGUCUUUGGACAGAGGCCGGGACUACUUCUUGUCGAUGGGACCCGACCAUGGAUUGACGCCGACGCUGGAUCUCUACGUGAGCUUGGUCGAUCUAUUGGGACGGUCGGGACGGCUCAACGACGCGAUCGCGCUCAUACUCGACAUGCCAGCGGAACCGGACGUUAUGUCGUGGAUGACGCUACUCGGUGGUUGCAAGCUCCAAGGCAACGUGGAGCUCGGGAAGUAUGCCGCCGAGCGGAUAUUUGAGCUCGACCCGGAGGACCCGUCGCCUUAUGUGCUUCUAUCCAACAUCUACUUUGCGGCUGGGGUGGAAAGAGACGCUGAGAGCUUGAGGGAGGUCAUAGCCUCUCGCUUUCGGGAAGAAGAAUAUGCGGCAACCGUUGGUUAGAUGUCCCGGUGGCGUGAAGUUAGGUAUCGGUUCCGGAAAUGCCGAUCACUCCGACGUACUCGUGGAGCGAAACUCCAGCAUGGGUCACUGUCGAGGUUUUUCUCCAGUCCGUGUCACAGGCAGCUCUCGACAUUAUUACUACAGACUGCUACAUCAAAGUCAACUGCUCGCCGUACUUGUUCCAAGCCGAUCUCUACGAUGAUAUCGAUUUGAAGAAAAGCUCGGCUAUGCUGGACAAGGCGGUGGUGAAGUUCUUCAUGUUCAAGGAUUGCAGAAGACCGAAGGACUUUGGGGUAGGCUGACGAGAUGUGGAGAUAGGCAGGCUAUCUUGGAGCGACGUCAGCAGUCGUUGGAUGCCG